CUAGCUUCUCAUUCUCAGGCUAUAUUCCUCGCACCUGAGGGAAAGGGUCCUGUGUCAUUGAAUCUUUCUAGCAUGGGGAAGGGUCAGGUAUGGGUCAAUGGGCAGAGUAUAGGACGAUAUUGGUCUACUUAUCUCUCACCAUCAACUGGCUGUUCAGAGAGUUGUGACUACAGGGGAACUUAUGAUGCAUCCAAAUGUUUAAAGAAGUGUGGUCAACCGGCUCAAACAUUGCCCGACUUUCCACCAGUUGAUACUUGGAAACCACAAUUGGGUUUCAUAUCUCAAACUCCUGAACUGCGACUGGCAUGUGAGGAAGGAUGGAAAAUUGCUGCUAUUCGCUUUGCUAGCUUUGGUACCCCUGGAGGAGAUUGUGGAGCAUUCAGUCAAGGAGUUUGUCAUGCCAAUGUUUCAUCAAUUGUUCAGCAGGCGUGUAUUGGGAAGCAGAGAUGUUCGGUUCCUAUUUCAACAACAAAACUAGGAGAUCCAUGUCUUAAUGUGCCGAAAAGCUUGAUUUUGAUGAUAUUACAGGCGUGUAUUGGGAAGCAGAGAUGUUCGGUUCCUAUUUCAACAACAAAACUAGGAGAUCCAUGUCUUAAUGUGCCGAAAAGCUUGGCAAUUGAAGCUCUUUGCAGUGGUUGAAAUAAAUUCUUCCUGGCCUGAGGGAUCACGUUACAGAUUCUGAUACUUAUGGCUAGGAAAACACAUGAAAUAAUGUUUGACUAAAGCUUAAAAAUUUGCUGUAAGUGGAUUUGAUCAAGCAGAUGAUUCGACUCAAAAAUUAUCGACACUCGAUUUAGUUUAUGUUUGGUUUAUUUUAAGGGUUUGCAUUUAAAUUU